CCGGGGGCGGGCCUACGUCGACGCUGCGCCGAGGCAAAACGCGGUCUUGGAACCACGUUCGCUGCGCAGCCAUGGGGCCUCCCGGGGGGAAGAUCAACCGGCCCCGAACGGAGCUGAAGAAGAAGCUGUUCAAGCGCCGGCGGGUGUUGAACCGGGAGAGGCGACUGAAGCAUCGGGUAGUCGGGGCUGUGGUAGACGAAGGGCUGAUCACACGGCACCACUUGAAGAAGCGGGCGUCCAGUGCACGUGCCAACAUUACUCUGUCUGGGAAGAAGCGCAGAAAGCUCCUCCAGCAGAUCCGGCUGGCCCAGAAAGAGAAAGCAGCCAUGGAAGUGGAAGCCCCCACAAGGCCAGUCAGGACUAGUGGACCACAGCCCAAGCGACAAAAGAAGACAAAAGCACCCCAGGAUAUAGACAUGGAGGACCUUGGAGAUGAGAGGGGACUCUCUCACCCCUUCCACUAGAAGAUUCUCAGCUGGAGCCAGAAAGACUCUAGUUGUUCAGAGGACUUUGGAGAAGGCAUUGCCCCUUUUCAUUCUCCCCAGACUCCUCUUCCUUCAUGGCCUAGUGACCUGUCAUGGAGGGAUAUGUUAAGAGGAAGAGGGUGGUGAAGAAAGACUGGAGAACGUGGCCCCCUUGCAGUCAGCUCCACUUGUAAUAAAGUUCUAGAGUUCUCUUUGA